AUGAAUGACUAUUACUAUCAUUUAGAUGGCAUUCACGUCAUGAUUCCUUCUGAUGAAAAUACCCACGGUCCCGAUGCUGAUACCCACGGUUCUGAUACCGAUACCCACGGUUCUGAUGCCGAUACCCACGGUUACGAUGCUGAUACCCACGGUUCUGAUGCUGAUACCCACGGUUCAGAUGCCGAUACCCACGGUUCUGAUGCUGAUACCCACGGUUCUGAUGAAAAUACCUACGGUCCCGAUGCUGAUACCCACGGUUCUGAUGCUGAUACCCACGGUUCUGAUGCUGAUACCCACGGUUCCGAUGCUGAUACCCACGGUUCUGAUGCUGAUACCCACGGUUCUGAUGCUGAUACCCACGGUUCUGAUGCUGAUACCCACGGUUCUGAUGCUGAUACCCACGAUGCCGAUACCCACGGUUCUGAUGCUGAUACCCACGGUUCAGAUGCCGAUACCCACGGUUCUGAUGCCGAUACCCACGGUUCUGAUGCUGAUACCCACGGUUCUGAUGCUGAUACCCACGGUUCUGAUGCUGAUACCCAUAGUCCAGAUGCUGUUAUCUAA